AUGAGUUCUGACGACGAUUUCGAAAUCGAGGUGCCCGACCUCGCGGCAGACGAUCCCAUGAGAGCAUUUCUACCGACGACUUUUGGAAAGAAGUCGAAAGAAGCCGACAUCGCUGCCCAAUUCGACAGAAGUCGCAGGACAGUGACCAGUAAAGCCCCGGAAAUCAGUAGUGCACAAGCCCAGGAACCCAAGAAGAAGGGUAAUUCGAGCGACGAUUCCGACAGCGACGACAGUGACGACAGUGACGACGAUGACGAAUUUCCUGUAUCGCACGAGCUUGUUCUCAAAACUCAUGACCGCGCUGUAACUACCGUUUCGCUCGACCCUGCAGGAGGACGCUUAGCAACUGCUUCCACAGACUGCACCAUUAAGCUGCACGACUUCACCUCCAUGACUCCCUCCACUCUGAGGGCUUUCCGCUCCAUCGAUCCAUACGAACAAAAGGCAUCCGCUGCAAGCUCUGAGUCGCAUCCCGUCCAUCGCAUCGAGUUCAACCCGCACGCUGGAGGAGUCUUCCUCUGCGUCUCAGCGCACCCCCAAGCGAAAAUCAUGUCUCGGGAUGGUGACAUCGUUACAGAAUUCGUAAAGGGAGAUAUGUAUCUUCGUGACAUGCACAAUACCAAGGGCCACAUUUCCGAGAUUACAACUGGAACAUGGCACCCCACUGACAAGAAUUUAUGUAUUACUGCUGGCACCGAUAGCACAUUGAGAAUAUGGGAUGUCAACAACAAGCGAUCCCAGAAGGACGUUAUCGUCUUCAAAUCCAAGGCUGCUGGCUCCGCGGGCCGCACCAAGAUGACCGCGGUCGCAUGGGGAUCUUCAGCCCAAGGUGGCAGCAAUGUGCUUGUUGCAUCAGCUCUUGAUGGCUCGUUAGUCAUGUACAGCGGCAACAGUCCUUUCUCACGACCCGCAGGAGAGAUUCGCGAUGCCCACAAGCCCCAGACUUGGACCAGCGGUAUCGACAUAUCGUCAGACGGUCGCAUGGUGGUCACGAGAGGAGGUGACGGUUUGAUUAAGCUAUGGGACACUCGCAAGUUCACCAAGCCUCUCGUCACAGUGUCUCAUACAUCUACCUCGGACCACUACUCAACAAGUAACAUCAAAUAUGCGCCAAACUCGACAAGUAUCAUCACAGGCUCCGUUACGGGUCACCUCCAUAUCCUAAACCCCGGCAAUCUGCGCGCGGAACACGUCACUCCAGUAACGCCUGGGUCACCACUCAUCACAGUUGAUUGGCACCCAAAGAUUAAUCAAAUUAUCACAGGUUCAGCUAACGCCGAAACCCACGUUUUGUACAACCCACAGAUGUCGAGCAAAGGAGCUGUAGAUGUCAUGUCACGAGCACCGAAGAAACGCCAUAUCGACGACAAUCCGGAAUUGACCAUGGACCAGUCGGUCGGUGUAUCUGGCGAUGCCAUCAUGGUACCAGGCGCCUCAGGAGGCUCAAGGAAGUCCGGUGUUACAGUAUCUGGCCGAUCUAAGGAUCCUCGACGCCCGUACAUGCCUCAACAAACCCCGCUGCAGAAGAACGCACCCGACGAGAAGUCUAUCGCAGAAAAUAUUCCUCUUGCACGCAUGUUGCACGAAGACCCUCGAGAAGCUUUGCUGAAGUAUGCAGACAAGGCUCAGAAUGACCCAAUGUUCACCAAAGCUUGGAGCAAGACGCAGCCUGAAACCCAGUAUGCGGAGCUCAGCGAUGGAGAAGACGGCCCUGACAAGAAGAGGCUCAAGAGGCGCCUUUGCAUGAAAUACGGUCGCGGUUGCCUUUUGCAGGGGGGUCGUGCUGAAAAAUACUGUGACGGAGCGACUCAGAACUGCACCAACCGUCACGCCGCAUCUUGUCCAGCUGUGCCUUCACCACUCCCCAUCAUCAACCGGCGAGCGCGCGCAUCCAAAAAAUCGCCAGGGCCAUUUCAAACCAUCGGCUCUCAUCUCGAGAAACCACCAAAUCCGUGUUGCACGCGAUUUGCACACAACUUUGGUCUUUUGUACCGGUUCCCAACGCGCCGUGUUGCCACAUCGCAUACUUUUCCUUCAAUAUCCAACCUUUCUUUGGAACUUCGAGUUUCCAUCUCGUGCCUCCAGCAACCAACCCAUCUAGCCGCGUUUCCAAUUUGGAGGUUGCGGUCCACACCACAGCUGUCCCACGCGCUAUUCACGACGUGUCGCCUACUUUUUGACGACGCCUUCUUGAGGUUUCCAAACCAUUGGUUUUUCAAUUUCGAUUUCGACGCGUUCAUUCUCGCCCCUGUUUUACUAUUACGCUUCACUCUCGUUUUCGCGACAAUCAAGCUUGCUAUACCACGCGCGACAACUAUCGCCUAUACCUCCACGAUAUGCGAUAUAGGGCUUCGCGGCACAGGUAACCUCACCAUGGCCUCGGUGCAUGCAUCCCCCGCGGUUCAGCAUCCUGGCGCGCCAAUGCCCACUGGCGCGACUAAGCAGCAGGCGGAAGAAGUUUUUAGGAAACUUAAGCAGAUGAAGGAACAGGGCGUUCCACCGACGGAUCCCGAAUACAUCAAGGCUUCACAGUUCCUGAUGAGCUUCCAACAACAGCACAACAUGCGACGUAACCAGCAGCAGUUUAUGCAACAACAACAGCAAAAGCAGCAGAUGCAAAACGCGACCAAUGGUGCGUCUGCCAAUGGUAUAAUGCCUGGCCGACCUCUCCAGCAAAGCUCACCACAAGCGGCUCAGCCUGCGUCUAACACACUCAACGCAUCCGCAAUGCCGACCCAGAGUUCCUCCACUCCAGUUUCUGCUGGCGCCUCACCUUCGACCGGCUCAUCUUCGAAUCACUUCACCCAACAACAACUAGGGCUCUUGCGACAGCAAAUCCAUGCGUUUAAACUACUUGGAAAGAAUGCUGGAGUAUCGCUACAGUUGCAACAAGCCAUCUUCAACCAGCGUCAGCGCAGGCAAGCGGCCAUUGCCGAAACUGCUCAAGCAGCACAAGCUUCAAAAACCGAUUCUGAUCCCAAAGACGCGCAAAAUGGACCCGAAGCUUCAACCGAAGAUGAUAGCUCAGAAAUUCCCAAGGCGCACGUCUUCAAGACAGUGAAAUCUCCAUAUGGCACAAGCAUGAUUCGUCCUGAGAUCAAAUACUUUGACCACUCGCAGCGAAAGAACAGAUGGUUCAUUCCUGGUGUCUUUCCUACAGGCAUUGAUUUCGAUCACUUGCGAUAUGAGCGAGAAGUCGUUGUUUCGAACAGGAUGAGACAGCGCUAUGCUGAGUUGAAGAACCUACCUGGUGAUCUGGCUCAUUGGGAUUCCUCCAAGGAAAACCUGGAGGCUGAUGACUCUCUCAAACGCAAGGCGAUUAUCGAGAUGAAGAGCAUUGCUUUGUACGCUAAGCAGCGAGCACUUCGGGAUAAGAUCGGGCGACAAAUGAUGCAUUAUGAUAAUCUCGCAAUGACAACCAACCGAUCCAGCUAUCGCCGAAUGAAGAAGCAAAAUGUCCGUGAAGCUCGCAUCACAGAGAAGCUUGAGAAACAGCAACGUGACGCCCGGGAGAACCGUGAGAAGAAGAAGCACACUGACUUCCUCCAUGCCAUCACCAGCCACCGAAAAGAGAUCCAGGAAUCGGCUUCCUCUCAACGCACCAAAUCACAUAAGUUGUCUCGUCUCAUGUACCAGCAACACUUCAACAUUGAAAAGGAAGAGCAGAAGCGUAUUGAGAGAACGGCCAAGCAACGUCUGCAAGCCCUCAAGGCUAACGAUGAAGAGGCGUACCUCAAGCUUCUUGACCAGGCCAAGGAUACCCGUAUCACACACUUGCUCAAGCAGACCGACGGUUUCUUGCACCAACUUGCCUCUUCCGUCAAAGCACAGCAGCGCCAGGCCGCCGAGCGAUAUGGCGAUGGCGAGGAGCUGCCUGUGGAAGACAACAGCGACUAUGACGAGGACGACGAGAGCAACAAGAAGAUCGACUAUUAUGCUGUGGCACAUCGUGUUCGUGAGGAGGUUACUGGACAAGCUGACAUGCUCGUCGGCGGUAAGCUCAAGGAGUAUCAGGUCAAGGGUCUGCAGUGGAUGAUUUCGCUGUACAACAACAACCUCAACGGUAUCUUGGCUGAUGAAAUGGGUCUCGGAAAGACGAUUCAAACCAUCAGUCUAAUUACCUAUUUGAUUGAGCGAAAACAGCAGCCAGGCCCCUAUCUCGUCAUUGUGCCUCUCAGUACACUGACCAACUGGAACCUGGAGUUUGAGCGAUGGGCACCUUCCAUAAACCGCAUUGUUUACAAGGGACCCCCCAAUACCCGUAAGCUACAACAGGAUAAGAUCCGACAAGGCGGAUUCCAGGUUCUGCUCACAACCUACGAAUACAUCAUCAAGGACCGACCUAUUCUCAGCAAGAUUAAGUGGUUCCACAUGAUUAUUGACGAAGGUCACCGAAUGAAGAACUCCAACUCUAAGCUGAGCUAUACCAUUCAGCAGUACUACCACACCCGUUUCCGACUUAUUCUUACUGGUACACCAUUGCAAAACAAUCUGUCAGAACUGUGGGCCAUGCUUAACUUUGUCUUGCCAAACAUCUUCAAGUCAGCAACAACUUUUGAUGAAUGGUUCAACACCCCCUUUGCCAACACAGGUGGACAGGAUAAGAUGGAACUCACGGAAGAAGAGCAGAUUCUUGUCAUCAGGCGUCUUCACAAGGUUCUGCGACCCUUCCUUCUGCGUCGUCUGAAGAAGGAUGUCGAGAAAGAUCUUCCCGACAAGACAGAAAAGGUUAUCAAGUGCAAAUUCUCUGCACUUCAAUCCAAGCUCUACAAGCAGAUGGUUACACAUAACAAGCUUGUCGUUAGUGACGGCAAGGGUGGCAAGACGGGUGCUCGUGGUCUCAGCAACAUGAUUAUGCAGCUGCGAAAGCUUUGUAACCAUCCAUUUGUGUUUGACGUUGUUGAGAAUGUCAUGAACCCUCUCAACAUCAGCAAUGAUCUGUUGUGGCGAACAGCCGGUAAAUUUGAGCUGCUGGAUAGGAUUCUUCCCAAGUACGAAGCAACUGGCCAUCGUGUCCUCAUGUUCUUCCAAAUGACUGCCAUCAUGGACAUCAUGGAGGACUACCUCCGAUACAGGCGAAUGGAGUAUCUUCGAUUGGAUGGUACGACCAAAUCCGACGAGCGUUCCGACUUGCUCAGGGAGUUCAAUGCCCCAAACUCCAAGUACUUUAUAUUCCUGCUUUCGACCCGUGCGGGUGGAUUGGGUCUCAACUUGCAAACGGCUGAUACAGUCAUCAUCUAUGAUUCCGAUUGGAAUCCUCACCAAGAUCUGCAGGCUCAGGAUCGUGCCCAUCGUAUUGGUCAAAAGAACGAAGUCCGAAUCUUACGACUUAUCAGCUCCAACUCAGUCGAAGAGAAGAUUCUUGAACGAGCACGAUUCAAGUUGGAUAUGGAUGGAAAGGUUAUUCAGGCUGGUCGUUUUGACAACAAGUCAUCAGAAACAGAUCGUGAUGCCAUGCUUCGAACCCUGCUGGAGACAGCUGACAUGGCCGAAUCGGGUGAACAGGAUGAAAUGGAGGACGAAGAGCUCAACAUGUUGUUGGCACGUAGCGAUGACGAGAUAACGGUCUUUCAAAAGCUCGACGAGGAACGAAUGAGGACCUCACCUUACGGUACUGGACCAGGCACCAAGGCUCGACUGAUGGGUGAGGAUGAAUUGCCCGAGAUUUAUUUGAACGAAGGCAACCCUAUGGACGAGGAGACUGAGGAGGUCAUACUGGGUCGCGGUGCUCGCGAACGCACUAAGGUCAAAUACGACGACGGUCUCACUGAAGAGCAAUGGCUGAUGGCAGUGGACGACGACGAUGACUCUCCUGAAGCGGCUGCUGCUCGCAAACAAGCCCGCAGGGACAGGCGCGACAACAACAGGUUAAAGAAAUCCGCAAUCCUCAACUCGAUGGAUGAGUCGCCUUCUGGCAGUAGAGCAAGCACUGAGGAGAUCGAGAUCGAGAUCGAGAUCGAGACACCGAAGAAACGAGGGCGCAAACCAGGUAGCAAGAACGAGAAGCGCAAGGCUGAGGAUGGCAACGAUGAGCCGCCUGCUAAGAAGCGACGUGGACCUCAAGGUCGACCUAGCAAGGUUAGCCUUGAGUCACGAAUUCCAGCUCAUCAGCGAGAAGUGCUACAGAAGAGUCUUCGCAGCCUUUAUGAUGGUCUAAUGACACUGGAGGUGGAUGAUAUUGAACCCCCAGAAGAUGACGAGUCGGAUCCCGGCAAGCGUCUCAUCAUUGGACCCUUUAUCAAAUUGCCCCCUAAACGCGACUAUGCCGACUACUAUCUCAUCAUCCAGAAUCCUAUUUGUAUGAACCAGAUUCAGACCCGAAUCAAAAAGGAAGAGUACACCUCGUUGAGCGGGCUGCGGAAAGACAUCGAACUGAUGAUCCGCAACUGCCAAACGUACAACGAGGAUGGAAGCAUUCUGUAUCAGGAUGCUAAGAUCAUGAACGAAUUCUUCAACUCCAAGUACCAAGAGGAGCUGGCAGGGCACCCUGAACUUCAAGAACUUGAAGAAGGGGGCAAGGACAGUUCAGUGGCGCCCUCUGGCAGCGGCGGCACACCUCAACCCAGUGGCACUCGCAUCAAGUUGAUUUCAAAUAGCGCAAAAGAAGCGAACGGCGGUAGCACUGCCGCACAGAGUGACGAAGAAUGA